AUGCGACGUCGUCUUGAAGGCUUUGCCAUGGAAGCGUAUGAAGGAGAAGAAGAUUCCGAUGACGAUGUUAGCGUACAUGGUGAGAUUUCGGCUCCUAGCAAUGAUGAAGAUGACAACUAUGACGAGAGAUAUCGUGAAGAUUAAUA